AUGGCCUACAGCCAGUCGCAGCAGAUGCAGAAGGAGUUCCGGCUCCCGAUGGUGCCGGGACUGUCCUGUGGCGAGGAGAUGAUGCGCCGCAACUACGAUCGUCGCCAGAUACAUGGUGUGAAGCUGGACUGCGCGACGGCCAUCGCUGGCGUGCCUGCCGAUCGCACUCUCACCGACGGCAGUUGUCCCUACCCCGGCUCCACGCUCAAGGGCGUCGUGACGGCCGUCGCGGAGGCGGCUGGGGCUGACGAGCAGAGCACGGAGGACCCGACCGGCCGCGUGCUCCGCUACUACGGCUACUGUAUCGAGCCAGUCUCGGACAGUGCACAGGAGACGGAGCGGGUGCGCAAGGUGAUCCUCAACUUCUACCUCGAGGAUGGCACAAUGAGCGUGACGGAGCCGAAACAAGACAACUCCGGGUUUGCCUUUCCCGCCAACCUGAAGCGCCACAUCGUCCCCAACCCGGACGGCACGCCGAUCACCGCCGCACAGCUGAAGGUGGGCGAGCCGGUGUCCUUCUACGGCCGCACAUACGAGGUGUACGACGCCGACCCCUUCACCCGGGCUCUACUCAAAGAGGCUGGGGAAGAGGUGCCGCCGGCCAUCGUGCCGCCGACGGACGCGUACACCACGAUGCGCAGCCGCCCUGUGGCCAAGGCGCACGACGUCCCAUCCAUCGCGGCGUCCAGCCCACUCAACACGAUGCUCUCGCCGGCCCAGGUACGAGCGACCCGGCAAUUCCUCGAGUUUGACCGCAAGGUGCUGCGGUGCGACUGCACGUGGGACGACACGACGAGCCUCUACGGCACAAAGCACUUUCUCACACUUUACUACUUCCUUAGCGACGGCAGUAUCGCGUUCGUCGAGAAGGAUGUACAGAACAGCGGCCGCGACCCGUUUCCCAAGUUCUUAAGCCGCCAGCGCAUCGCGAAGCCGACAAGCGCGUCCGGCAAGUUCGACUCCUCGUCUCUUGGCUCCGUCACCUUCAAGGAGGACGCGAACACCGUCUACUACACCGACGAAGACAUCCGCAUUGGAAACGUGCUCAACCUCUACGGCCGCCAGGUGAAAAUCCAUGACUACAACCAGUACACCCGUGACCACAUGGCGAAGAAAUUCGGCAUCACAGCAUACACACCCAUUCCCGGCGCCACGCCGCCGCCGUUUGUACCGCCGUGCUCGACGCGUCGCGAGAUCUCCGAAGAGACGGUGCGGGAGCACCACAAAGAGAAGCACGAGGAGCUUCGCCGCCACCGAUUCGCCAACUCCGUUGUCAAGUUCCUCGUCCGCCUGGACAACGGCAAAGAGGAAGACAAGGUGCGCCGCUUCGUCCUAGCCGUAUACCUGGCCGACAACAGUGUCUCCAUCUUCGAGCCCGUCAUCCGCAACAGCGGAAUCGUGGGCGGGAAGUUCCUGCAGCGUCAGAAGGUGCGCCGCGCCGACGGCGAGUAUUUCCGCGCGGACGACUUCUACGUCGGCGCGCGCGUGGUGCUCAACUCGUUCCCGUUUGUCAUCCUCAACUCAGACGAGCACUCGCUGAACUACAUGGAGCACAACCCUGAGGAAUUCGGUCACUCAGACAUCAACAAAAUCGUCCGCAAGAUGCGAGCGAUGCUGCAGAGUAGCACCACAGGUCUCGCCGAGGCGUUCCGCCUCGCCGAUGAGAGCCGGGGCGGCGGCCUCGACAUGGAGGUGUUUCUGUCCAUCAUGAAGGAGCUUAACCUCGACAUUACCGAACAAGAGAUCCUGACCGUGCUACGGUACUUUGACAAAAACAGCGAGUCGUACGUCAGCUAUGAAGAAGUGGCCAGCCGCAUCAUGCCCGAGGACGGUGCGGUGGCGAGCGACAACCGCUCGUGGCAGGCAAUCUACCAGGAGGGCACCGAUCACGCCAUCGCGUCGUUCCUCGACGACCCCAAGGAGGCAGAGGAGAAGGAGCGCAAGAGCCGCGAAAACGCGGCGGCUUCUCGAGGUGCGGCGGAGUUCCUCAACCUCUACCAUCAACGCCGUCAGCUGUUCAUGAAAGAGUUCCACGCGAUCACCGACUACGCCAAGGACAGCCUGAUCGGAUCUGAUGAGUUCAAGAUGUGUGUGCGUCGCAAGCUGGAGCUCUCCUCCAUCUCCGAUGAAGAGAUGGGUGCGCUGGCGAAAAAUCUCUUUCCUGCUGGGGCACCUCGCGUGUCGUACGAGGAGUUCAUGCGCCUCCUGAACGGCACCUCGACCUACGCCCACACCGUCGUCGCCAUCGCCUCUCACGGCGCUUCAAAGUAA